AUGGCUCUCUCCGUCGAGAAAAGCAGCAGCGGCCGCGAGUACAAGGUCAAGGACAUGUCCCAGGCCGACUUCGGUCGCCUCGAGAUCGAGCUCGCUGAGGUAGAAAUGCCCGGCCUCAUCUCCUGCCGCACUGAAUUCGGGCCCUCCCAGCCCUUCAAGGGCGCCCGCAUCACUGGCUCCCUCCACAUGACCAUCCAGACCGCCGUCCUCAUCGAAACCCUAACCGCCCUCGGCGCCGAGGUCCGCUGGUGCUCCUGUAACAUUUUCUCCACCCAGGACCACGCUGCCGCUGCCAUCGCCCGCGACAGCGCCGCCGUCUUCGCCUGGAAGGGCGAGACCCUCCAAGAGUACUGGUGGUGCACCGAGCGCGCCCUCGACUGGGGCCCCGGCGGCGGACCCGAUCUGAUCGUCGACGACGGUGGUGACGCCACGUUGCUGAUCCACGAGGGGGUCAAGGCGGAGGAGGAGUUUGAGAAGUCCGGGAAGCUGCCUGACCCCGCCUCCACCGACAACCAGGAGUUCCAGCUCGUUCUUACCAUUAUCAGAGAUGGGUUGAAGACCGACCCCAAGAGGUACCACAAGAUGAAGGACAGGUUGGUUGGUGUUUCUGAGGAGACCACCACCGGAGUUAAGAGGUUGUAUCAGAUGCAGGCUAGUGGGGCGCUUUUGUUCCCUGCUAUCAAUGUCAAUGACUCUGUUACCAAGAGCAAGUUCGACAACUUGUACGGGUGCCGUCACUCUCUCCCUGAUGGUUUGAUGAGAGCCACUGAUGUCAUGAUUGCCGGAAAGGUUUCCGUUGUCUGUGGAUACGGAGAUGUUGGAAAGGGCUGUGCUGCUGCCCUCAAGCAAGCUGGAUCACGUGUGAUUGUGACCGAAAUUGACCCAAUCUGUGCCCUCCAGGCUCUUAUGGAAGGCCUUCAGGUUCUUCCUCUGGAAGAUGCUGUCUCUGAGGCUGAUAUCUUCGUUACCACCACCGGUAACAAGGACAUCAUCAUGGUUGACCACAUGAGGAAGAUGAAGAACAAUGCCAUUGUUUGCAACAUUGGUCACUUUGACAAUGAGAUUGACAUGCAUGGUCUUGAGACAUACCCAGGAGUGAAGCGCAUAACCAUCAAGCCUCAAACCGACAGGUGGGUCUUCCCAGAGACCAACACCGGCAUCAUCAUUUUGGCUGAGGGCCGUCUCAUGAACUUGGGUUGUGCCACUGGACACCCCAGCUUUGUGAUGUCCUGUUCUUUCACCAACCAAGUGAUUGCCCAGCUCGAGUUGUGGAAUGAGAGGAAGUCCGGCAAGUAUGAGAAGAAGGUGUAUGUUUUACCAAAGCACCUUGAUGAGAAGGUCGCCGCUCUUCAUCUUGGCAAGCUUGGAGCUAAGCUCACCAAGCUCAGCAAGGAACAGGCCGACUACAUCAGCGUGCCAGUUGAGGGUCCAUACAAGCCAGCUCACUACAGGUACUGA